AUGCCUAUCAACUCGAGAUUCGCGACUCCUCUACCGGAGGAGACGAUCCCGACAUGGCUGUUCGGCAGUCCAACAGACACUCUACCAGAGACUCCUCUGAUCAUCGACGCCGCAAACCCAGAAAGAUUCCUCUCAAUGUCUUCAUACCGACGCCAAGCUCAGCGUUUCGCCCGGGGUCUCCUUGACGCAGGCUUCCAGCCCGGCGACGCUGUCCUCUUCGUCAAUCUCAACAACCUAGCAUGUCCCAUCAUCUACAUGGGCACAUGGAUGGCAGGCGGUCGCUGUACAGGGACGUAUGCCAGCGUUCCUUUCGAACACGUCGCGCGUCUUAUGGAGGAUUCAGAGUGUAGGUUUCUGUUGGCUGAUGAGAAGUCGUACCACAAGUGCGUUGAGGCGCUUGGGAGCAGCUCUGCGGUGGAGAGAGUGUUUCUCAUAGAUGAUGGUCUGCUGUUCGAUCCUGCCCCUGGAAAGGUCGGCUCCCAAGGACGUCCUACCUGGAGUCGCUUCCUCGGGCUGGAGACUCAGGGAGAGAACUUCGAUUGGAGACGGCACUGCUCUGAUGCCGACCAAAUCGCCUGUCUGAACUACACCUCAGGCUCCACCGGCCCGCCAAAAGGUGUGAUAAUGACCCAUCGCACGAUUCUGGCGAGCUGUGUAGCGCACCUGGCAAUGCAACGCUCCGAUCCAGACGAGGUCGAAUGGGUAAAGCAGGCGAUCUGGCUUACUUGGACGCCUAUUGUAUUCCCCUUGACCUUGCUGCAAGCUGUCAUCAACGCGCCGCAUAGAAGUAUUAGGAACUAUGUCAUGCCCGGCAUCGAUAUCAGUCUCGCCACGAAACAUAUCGCGAAGUACCGACCGACGCAAUUGGUUUUCAGUCCUGCUAUGGCUCGGGAUUUCUUGAACCACCCAGAUGUUAGGAAUACGGAUCUUUCCAGCGUGACCAGCCUGGACGUGGGCGGCCAAGCCUUACCUCGGGCGCUGAAGGAGCAAUUACAAGGAACAUUCGUAAAUGCUAAAGUAUUGACUAGCUUUGGCAUGACAGAAACAGGAGCCUUCGCCCUCGCCCAAAGCCGCAUCGACAAAGACACCUCCUGGUUCACUGGCGAAAUACUCGCCAACUUCUCCGCCAAGAUCAUGAGUCUCGACGGAAACCAAGAACUGGAUGCGAAUGAAAGAGGGCAUCUUUGGCUCCGUGGCCCUGCUGUUACAAAAGGCUACUGGAAGCGAGCGGACACCACGUCCAAGAAUCUAACUGCAGAUGGAUGGUUGAAGACCGGCGAUCUUGCGUACUUUCGGGAUGAUGGGAAGAUUUGCGUUUUGGAUCGGGUUGAGUAUCGUACCCAGAAUGUCAUCCAAACCUCCGACCAGGUCGUCCCCUUCGAGGUCGAGUCAGCCAUCAUGGAGAUCCCCGGGGUCCAAGAAGCCGUAGUAGUUGGGGUGAGGAGCAAUUUGAACAAUCCAACAUCAGAACCCCGAGCAUUCGUCACCAUUCGCAAAGACUCAUCAAUCACAGCUCAAGACAUCACCCAAGAACUCAAGGAGAGACUGGACGAGUCGCAACAGGUAUCAGGAGGAGUUUUCGUGCUCCCUGCUAUGCCGAAACUGGCUGUUAAGAUUGAUCGGCAGGCUUUGAGGGUUAUGGAUGUAAGGGGGCUGUCGUGA